AGAUGAGACCCUUCCCUGGAGGGUCUCAUCUCGUGCUAGUCAACACUCAGCCUCCAGCGCCAGCUUACAGCUUCAGCAGCUUCUGCUCCAGGAAAUUGAAAAUGACCCUUCAGCUAUGCUAGGUCUAUAAUGGGAAGUGCCACAGUUCGAUAUUUUUGUUAUGGGUGCCUUUUUACAUCCGCGACCUGGACAGUUUUACUUUUUGUUUAUUUCAACUUCAGUGAAGUGACUCAGCCACUUAAGAAUGUGCCCAUCAAGGGGUCUGGGCCCCAUGGACCAUUUCCAAAAAAAUUCUAUCCCCGUUUCACUCGAGGUCCAAGUCGGGUAUUAGAGCCACAUUUCAAAGCAAACAAAAUUGAUGAUGUGAUAGAUGGUCAUAUUGAAGAUCCAGAAAAAGGCCACCUGAAAUUCUCUUCCGAAUUAGGUAUGAUUUUUAAUGAACGCGAUCAGGAGUUGAGAGACUUGGGCUAUCAGAAACACGCCUUUAAUAUGCUUAUCAGUAACCGCUUGGGCUACCAUAGAGAUGUGCCAGACACAAGGAAUGCCGCAUGUAAAGAACAGUCCUACCCAACUGACCUGCCAGUUGCUAGUGUUGUCAUUUGUUUCUACAACGAAGCUUUUUCUGCCUUGCUCCGGACAGUGCACAGUGUCAUAGACCGCACUCCAGCACAUCUUCUUCAUGAAAUCGUCCUUGUGGAUGAUGACAGUGACUUUGAUGAUUUGAAAGGAGAACUAGAUGAAUAUGUUCAACAACACCUUCCUGGAAAAAUUAAAAUAAUAAGAAAUACAAAGCGUGAGGGAUUAAUUCGAGGAAGAAUGAUCGGAGCAGCCCACGCGACAGGGGAAGUGCUCGUGUUCCUGGACAGCCACUGUGAAGUGAACGUGAUGUGGCUGCAGCCCUUGCUGGCCGCCAUCCACGAGGACAGGCAGACCGUGGUGUGCCCAGUGAUUGACAUUAUUAGUGCUGACACCCUCGCCUACAGCUCGUCCCCCGUUGUCCGUGGAGGGUUCAACUGGGGGCUGCACUUCAAAUGGGAUCUUGUUCCCCUUUCUGAGCUAGGAGGAGCAGAAGGAGCCACUGCACCCAUAAAGUCACCUACAAUGGCCGGAGGAUUAUUUGCCAUGAACCGACAGUAUUUCCAUGACCUUGGGCAGUAUGACAGUGGCAUGGAUAUCUGGGGAGGAGAAAAUUUGGAAAUAUCAUUUCGGAUCUGGAUGUGUGGAGGUAAGCUCUUCAUCAUCCCUUGCUCCAGAGUGGGACACAUCUUCCGAAAAAGGCGACCAUAUGGAUCUCCUGAAGGCCAGGACACCAUGACACACAACUCCUUGAGGCUGGCACAUGUCUGGCUGGACGAAUACAAGGAACAGUAUUUUUCCUUAAGACCUGAUCUCAAGACCAAAAGCUAUGGAAAUAUCAGUGAGCGUGUUGAAUUGAGGAAGAAGUUGGGUUGCAAAUCAUUUAAAUGGUAUUUGGAUAAUAUUUACCCAGAGAUGCAGACAUCUGGGCCCCAUGCCAAACCCCAGCAACCCAUUUUUAUCAACAGAGGGCUGAAACGCCCCAAAGUCCUUCAACGUGGAAGGCUCUAUCACCUCCAGACCAACAAAUGUUUGGUGGCCCAGGGGCGGCCAAGUCAGAAGGGAAGCCUGGUAGUGCUUAAGGCCUGUGACUAUGGUGACCCACAUCAGAUCUGGAUUUAUAAUGAAGAGCAUGAAUUGGUUUUAAAUAAUCUCCUGUGCCUAGAUAUGUCAGAAACUCGCUCGUCAGACCCACCACGACUCAUGAAAUGCCACGGGUCAGGAGGGUCCCAGCAGUGGACCUUUGGGAAAAAUAAUCGGCUAUACCAGGUGUCAGUUGGACAGUGCCUGAGAGCAGUGGAUCCACUGGGUCAGAAAGGCUCUGUUGCUAUGGCAAUCUGUGAUGGCUCCGCCUUGCAACAGUGGCAUUUAGAAGGCUAAGGUGGGCACCGUGGCUGGAAUGGGGGUUCGUUAGGCUUUGCUUCCUCUGUAAACCAUCGUGGAGAGGAUCACCAGUUCCCUGUCCUGGAGACCACAGGUGAAGAAGUGUGUUCACUAAGACAUUAAGAUCAUUUCUGAGCUGCUAGUAAAGAAUUUCUUGAUUAUAGCGGGAAACCAGAAUAUAAUUUUAACUCUAAAGACUUGGGUUGUACAGAAAGACAAAACCCAAGAAAUGGACAUUUCUAUUCAGGUUUAUUUAAAUUCCCUUUAAUGAUGGGCUGGUUGUUACCUGAUCAGGAACUCA